AUACUGCAGGAAACCCCGAGCGCGCGGACCUGCCAACGCCCGGCGCAAAGAAACAAACAGAAAGGAUUCGAUCUUGAAUGAGAACAGUGGAUUUGUAAAAGCACAGCUAUGCAGACGAUCAAGUGCGUUGUUGUUGGCGAUGGUGCAGUCGGUAAAACCUGUCUAUUAAUCUCCUAUACAACUAAUAAAUUUCCUUCCGAAUAUGUACCAACGGUCUUUGAUAACUAUGCAGUUACGGUUAUGAUUGGUGGUGAGCCGUACACCCUUGGGCUGUUUGAUACUGCAGGUCAGGAAGAUUACGAUAGAUUACGACCCCUUAGCUACCCUCAAACAGAUGUUUUCUUGGUCUGUUUCUCAGUUGUAUCACCUUCUUCAUUUGAAAACGUCAAAGAAAAGUGGGUACCUGAGAUUACUCAUCACUGUCCAAAGACUCCCUUCCUGCUGGUGGGGACACAGAUUGAUCUGAGGGAUGAUCCCUCUACUAUUGAGAAGCUUGCCAAGAACAAACAGAAACCCAUCACCCCGGAGACCGCAGAAAAGCUGGCCCGCGAUCUGAAAGCUGUCAAAUAUGUGGAGUGCUCUGCUCUGACGCAGAAAGGACUAAAGAACGUAUUUGAUGAGGCGAUUUUGGCAGCCCUGGAGCCCCCUGAGCCCAAGAAGAAGCGCAAAUGCGUGCUGCUCUGAGCUCACCAUCUUUUCCCUUAUACCCCCACCCUGUCUCCAUUUUUUGCUCUAAGGCUGUGACACGGCUUUACACUCUAAAAGCUAUGUGUAAAAGAAGUGAGUUUCAAUAUUUUGCACUGCAAUAAAGAUAUAUAUAAGAGUUACCCACAAUACACAUGCACAUAUAUGCAUAAAAACACACAAACCACAAGCCCAUUAAUGUAAAAACCUAGAGGGCCAGGGGUCUUCUGUACUUCAUGGUGAGUUUUAAUAGAGAUGCUGCCUUGUCAUUUAAGUGGGUGAAUUUGAUAGUAACGCUUUGCAAGUUGCUCAAGUCUUAAUUGGGUUCAGGUCAUAUUUGUCUCCAUUGUGUUUCCAUUGGUCUGACCUGAACAGGGAAGAUAGCAGUCUAAACAAUUUAAGCGCUGAAUGACCAUUUGAAUGACGUGCACUUGAGUUGACCGUAAUCCCUACCCCCCACCCUUGAACAUCACCACCUGAAGUGCUUAGAAGUAAUAGCUCCUUUUUCUUUGCCAAUAUUCCCAAUUAAUAGGCAUUUGAGAUAAUAGCUCUAUGAAUGGUUUUCUGCGAUAAUGUUGACUCCUCACAAAAAUAUGUCCGUCUCAAGCAGGGAACUUUCUAACAGUGUUAGCAGAACAAGUGGCGUGUUAUAUUGCGUUGCUAGGGACCAUGGAAGUGUGUUUCCAGAUCUUGUGAUGCAUGUAGGUAAGCUUUCAGGUUCCUUUGGAUAGGUUAACAUUAUAAUAAUAAUAAUGUAAGCUGACAAAAGUUGUUGUAGGCUCCAGCAGUUUUUACCAAAUGUUUAUUUUUUUUUUUCUGUUUUUGUGUUUUCUUUUUUGUUUUCCAAAUUUUUGUUUUCUUUUAGUAAGGUUCAUUUCACUCUUUUCCUUCUUAGGGGCUGGAUCCCAGCAUUUCUUUGAUCCACCUGUACUUUUAAGAAAAAAACAAACUAGCAAUCCACUGAAGUAUAUGUAGUACUGCACAGAUGUUAAACCCUCAACAGAGCCAAGUUUAAUUGUGCAAUGCAGACAUAUAAAAGUUUGUUUUCCAGUAACCCAACAACAUUUUUGUUCAUUUGUGGUAUAAACCAAUCGCUCUGUAUGAAGUCUCUCCUUUGUACUGUAUAUGCAUUCUUUUGGAUAAAAAUAUUAAACUUAUACCUUAAUUGCCUUUA